AUGACAUCAUUUGGAACAACACAAAUUGUUCAUAAUGAUGAUGGUCGUAAUUUUGAAUCUACAUUUAAUAUUCAAGUUCAAGUGUACCACCAAAUUGGUUCAUUGCUUCCAAUGCCUAAAGUCCAUCCAAAAUUCUUACAAAUUUACUUUAUGGUCGAUGAGGAGCAACAAAAUCAUACACGAGGCGUAUACAACCAUAUAGAGCAGAUGGAGGAACGAGAAAUUGUGGACAUUUUGGAAACGUUCUUGCAAAACCAUAACCAUUUGAUACAAUUGUUCAAGACUCUUUCCAACAGACUGCAAAACGACAACUACGCCAAUGUUAUUAAAGCAGACAAAGUGCCCUAUGGAGAGCACGCAGGCGCAUAUAAUGUUCCAACUGUUAAUGAAGUUGCAGUUGUUGUGGCUGGUGACCCAUGUGAACGUCGAGAUAUUCGCAUACAACGCAGAGAUAAUACAAUACAAAUAAUUCAAGACAAUCAUCGUUCUUACGACGCACUGCAAUAUCCGUUGAUAUUUUGGGAAGGAGAAGAUAGAUAUCAUUUAAAUAUUAAACAAAGGAAUCCAACAAGCUCAACUUAUAGAUUAUUUUAG